AUUUUACUCUUAAUAAAGAAGAUGUCUGUGUUUUGGGUGGCCUUGAAUGGUUUAUUAGCUUAGGAAUAGAUCAUAUGAUUGGACCAUCUCCCCUGCUUUGCGGUGGGUUGUUUUGUCUGUUGGGCAGGGAGGUGUGGAAACUCGGUCGUUCUGAUAUUAUGUGGAAUCUGAUAUUAUGUGGAAUGCUCGCUAUAAUUUUUUUUCAAAGAUGUUCUUUUUCCUGUGAUCCAAAUAAGGUUUGGAUGAUUCAGUGUUGAAGCACCAGUCUUUGGUCUAAUCUCAGGAUCUUAAGUUGAGUACUGUUCUUUAUAUGUGAUUGCAUUCUGGCUGCAGUCAUGGCAGGUGUGGCACCAGAGGGAUCACAAUUUGAUGCUCGUCAAUAUGACGCUAAAAUGAAUGACUUAAUUGCAGCUGAUGGACAAGAUUUCUUCACAUCAUAUGACGAGGUUCAUGAGAGUUUUGAUGCUAUGGGAUUGCUAGAGAACCUCCUUAGGGGCAUCUAUGCUUAUGGUUUUGAGAAGCCGUCUGCAAUCCAGCAAAAGGGAAUUGUUCCAUUUUGCAAGGGCCUUGAUGUUAUUCAGCAAGCCCAGUCUGGUACUGGGAAAACAGCUACUUUCUGCUCUGGAGUCUUGCAACAGCUCGAUUAUGGUUUGGUCCAAUGUCAGGCCUUGGUUUUGGCACCCACCCGAGAACUUGCCCAACAGAUUGAGAAGGUAAUGCGAGCUCUUGGUGACUAUCUGGGUGUGAAGGUUCAUGCUUGUGUAGGUGGAACUAGUGUUCGUGAGGAUCAACGCAUUCUUCAAGCUGGUGUUCACGUAGUAGUUGGCACCCCUGGUCGUGUGUUUGACAUGCUGCGAAGGCAGUCACUUCGACCUGAUUAUAUUAAGAUGUUUGUAUUGGAUGAGGCAGAUGAAAUGCUUUCACGAGGUUUUAAGGAUCAGAUCUAUGACAUAUUCCAGCUGCUGCCUUCUAAAGUUCAAGUGGGGGUCUUUUCUGCCACAAUGCCACCUGAAGCCCUCGAGAUCACUAGGAAGUUUAUGAAUAAGCCAGUGAGGAUUUUGGUGAAACGUGAUGAGCUAACUCUUGAGGGUAUCAAGCAAUUUUAUGUCAAUGUGGAAAAGGAAGAUUGGAAGCUUGAAACACUCUGCGAUCUCUAUGAGACCCUGGCUAUCACCCAGAGUGUCAUUUUUGUUAACACGCGGCGCAAGGUUGACUGGCUUACUGACAAAAUGCGAAGCCGCGACCACACAGUUUCAGCCACCCAUGGAGACAUGGAUCAGAAUACUCGGGAUAUAAUCAUGCGUGAAUUCCGCUCUGGCUCCUCUCGUGUUCUGAUCACCACUGAUCUUUUGGCUCGUGGAAUCGAUGUCCAGCAGGUAUCUCUUGUCAUAAACUAUGAUCUUCCAACUCAGCCCGAAAAUUAUCUCCAUCGAAUUGGACGAAGUGGGCGGUUUGGAAGAAAAGGAGUUGCCAUAAAUUUUGUGACUAAGGAAGAUGAGAGAAUGCUGUUCGACAUUCAGAAGUUCUAUAAUGUCGUCGUUGAAGAACUGCCAUCCAAUGUUGCGGAUCUCCUCUGA